GCAGUGGCCGCCGACCACCGAGCGCCCCGCGCCGCUCCCUGCAUGUGCGGCCCGCGGCGGCUCGCAGCCCCUGGCAGCAGCCUCGGCAGCUUCGGCCGCGCCUCAAGAGGCGGCUGCAGUGGCUCCAGCGGUGGCCGAGCGGCCGAGUCCGGGCUGGGAGACACGAUGCGCCGCGUCCUCCGGCUGUUCCUUGGCUGCUUCCUCACCGAGCUGUGCGCCCGCGUGUGCCGGGCGCAGGAGCGAGCGGGACACGGGCAGCUGGCGCAGCUGGGCGGCGUGGUGGUGCUGACGGGGGGCAACCGCUCCGGGGCCGCCUCCGGAGAGGCGGGCGAGGGCGUGGGGGUCUCGGACGCGCCCCCGACCCGGGCGCCCACGCCGGACUUCUGCCGGGGCUACUUCGAUGUCAUGGGCCAGUGGGACCCGCCGUUCAACUGCAGCUCGGGCGACUUCAUCUUCUGCUGCGGGACUUGUGGCUUCCGGUUCUGCUGCACGUUUAAGAAGCGGCGACUGAACCAGAGCACCUGCACCAACUACGACACUCCUCUGUGGCUCAACACUGGCAAGCCCCCAGCGCGCAAGGACGACCCCCUGCACGACCCCACCAAGGACAAGACCAACUUGAUCGUUUACAUUAUCUGCGGGGUGGUGGCCGUCAUGGUUCUCGUUGGCAUCUUCACUAAGCUGGGGCUGGAGAAAGCGCACCGGCCCCAAAGGGAGCACAUGUCCAGGGCCCUUGCAGACGUCAUGAGGCCCCAGGGCCACUGCAACACAGACCACAUGGAGAGAGACCUCAACAUCGUCGUCCACGUGCAGCAUUAUGAGAACAUGGAUACCAGAACCCCCGUAAACAACCUUCACACCACCCAGAUGAACAACGCAAUGCCCACCUCGCCUCUGCUGCAGCAGAUGGGCCACCCACACUCGUACCCCAACCUGGGCCAGAUUUGCAACCCGUACGAACAGCAGCCGCCGGGCAAAGAGCUCAACAAGUACGCGUCCUUGAAGGCGGUCGGAAGUUCUGGUAGUGACUGGGCAGUGGCGACACUUAAGUCACCGAAAGCCGACAAGGUCAAUGAUGACUUCUACUCCAAACGCCGGCACCUGGCCGAGCUGGCCGCAAAGGGGAGCCUACCCCUACACCCCGUAAGAGCGGAGGAGGAGCCGCGGGCCCUCAGCCCAGAGCAGGGCCCCGCCAAGCAGAACGGACAGAAGUCUCGCACCAACAAGAUGCCCCCACACCCCCUGGCCUACAAUUCCACCGCCAACUUCAAGGGUUGGGACCCCAACGAGCAGUCUCUCCGGCGGCAGGCUUACGGCAACAAAGGCAAGCUGGGCACGGCCGAGUCAGGCUCCAGCGACCCCUUGGGGACUCGCACCCAGCACUACCCACCCCCACAGCCGUACUUCAUCACCAACAGCAAAACAGAAGUGACUGUCUGAGCUUUUGCUUCAGAGCGUCCUGGAGACCACACUCAACUGAGAGGCAAAAAAACAUCCCCGCCCGCCCCCUCCCUGGUCCACCCCCGACAGCCACCCACUCACUCACCCUCCAUACCAACCAACCAGAAACCUGCUGGGGACAUGGAAUCACGCGUUUCCUGGGUCAUGCCUAACACGUGUCGGUGGGCGGCUGAGCAGGACCGAAGCAUGGACGUCCAGCAAUACAGCAGAGGGAAACUGAGGCACGCUCUUUCGACUUCAGGCCCAAGGUGGCCGGCUCACAUGCCCAAACCAUGGGGCUAAUUUUUCUUUUCCUCUGAACUUGAAACUGAAAAAUCCAUGAUGAAAAAUAACAGUAGCACAAUUUAGAGAAAUUGUCCAUUUGAGCACAUAUACCACUUGCCACGUGCUGUCUGUUUCUGGGUGAGCGAGCCCAGGUAGAAGGGGGCAGAGAAUGAGGUGGGCACUGGAGAAGAGUGUGUUUGAGAAGCGGCGUCGUUUGGGAGGCAACUGUGCACAUGAUAAGCCUUUUCUAAGCCGGAGGAGUGGUGACCCGGAUACACACUUUUGACGAGUGUGAGACAGUAAUGAACCCCAACCAUUCUAUUUACAGUCCUUUUCAUAUCAGCAAUGUGGGAAGCAAAAAACAACAUUCACUCAAACUCAGAAAAAAAUAAAUGACUCUGAACCCACCGACACUGAUUGGGAAGAACGUUUGAGAACACCCCUCAGGAUUGUGCACAUGGAGACAGGGGGAAUAGGCUUCUGUGGCGGGGAGAGGGUCCAGAGAGUAUUACGUAACUUUAUUUUAAGAAAAGAAAAAUGAAAUAUAAGCCCACUACAAAAGAGCCGACAACAGCAAAGUAACUCUUGCCCCAAAUUUCCGAGGCUUAGGUCUAUCAACAAUGACAUCAAGGAAAAAAAAAAAUCACAGAUGAAAAGUCUGUAAGAGGUGAGACGGGGACCCGAACCUCUGAAGUGUGGUGUGUCCCCCUCGCCGCCAAGACAAGACACAGACACACACACCAGCCCUCUGUUAACUGUCGGUCCCCUGAGUCCCUUCCUUUCAGCCCGUUACCGCCGCCGCUGCCGAACUUCAACUGCUUUGGACUGAAAAAUGUCAUAAGCGUGGGUGGUGCCUUCAGUGUGUCACUGUUUAACGACAGUCUUGUUUCCCAAGUGCAACCUGUGUUCUCUUCACCCCCCUCCGUCCUGUUUUUCUGCAGUAGUAGGUGUCUCCAUCCUCCCAUUGUUGGUGAGCCCACCCCAACACACCCUCUGAGGGGCUGCUGCAGUGUCAGGGGGACCUAAAGACUGAGACCUCCCUACCCCCCACAUUGUCAGAAAUCCAUGAGUUCUACCAUUUUCUAGCUCCCCAAACUGUCAGGCAUUUCUGCGUCCCCCAGUUCCCACGGACCCUCCAAAUGCCCUCUCCAACGUGUUCAUCUCCCACCCAGAACUCUCUGAGGAUGUUUUCAGAUGGGUUCUCCAGCCCUUGGGUGUCUGGGCAAAGGCAAUUUUCGGACUAAUUCUCUUUGUUUAGUGGAAGCCCAAGAAGGUUGCUGAGAGAGAGGAGAUUUUCACGUAAGGUGAGAUGUUUUCAACCAGUCCCUGAAGGUCUUAGCUAAUUAACAGGAGCCUGUGAGAGACCCCCUAGCAGUUUUGGUUUCAGAAGCUGCCCCUGGUCUGGUCCAUCAAGACUCAGAGCACUUCCUGGGACGCGGACCUCCAGCGUCUCCCUCACCCAUCUCCCCACUCUGACAUCGUGGAUUCAGAGGAAGCAGGUGUUCGUUCUCCUUUUCACUCCCAGCUGAUCUGGUGACUCUGACAAUGCAUCUUGGUCUCCCAUCGGAAACACGAGGAAUAGGGGCUAGAUCAAGCUUCUCAAGCUUUUUGAAAUAGCAGAACCUCUGCCCAUUAAAAAAAAAAAAAUGAAAUCAUGCACAGAAGCCCCUAUAGAAGACCCCCUUUUAUAAUGAGGCUCUGUGCUGCAUGAAGCAGGGGUGGGAGAUUUAGUGUCCACUUUCUCAGUCUUUCCCCUGAGACCCCAGCGCUCCCCCCAGAGCGGAGUAAACACCGCUGGCCUUGGAACUGAUUCAUUUUUUAACACAUUUAACUUUUAAAAGGAAAACCUUCUGCCAUCAUCACAAAUAGAAAACCAGUAUCAGUCACCCUAAGUAGAAAGUAAGUAUAAAACUAAGUACAGAGAAGUGACUGUUAAGUUCUAGCUACAUACUAUUGUCUGUGGAAGGCUCUGAACCUACAGCCUGGCUUUUGUGUUUUUUCUCUCUCUCUCUCUCUCUCUCUCUCUGUCUCUCUCUGUCUCU